ACUACUGUUGCUCUAAUUCUACUAUCACACUCUCCAGUAUAAUCUACCAAAGUUCCAUACAACAGAUCAUUACAAAUUUCGGUCGCGAAAAUGAAAUCAGUCUUCAUCACAGCAGCUUUUGCAGCUCUCUCUAUCGCAGCACCAGUAGUCACAAAACGACAAUGCUUCAUCAACGAAGCCGGAAUCCAAGAAUGCAUCAACAACCCCACCUGCACAACGCGCGAUGACGGCACAGUAGUCUGCGUCUCCAAACGCACCCCAGAAGAAAUCUCCACUUCGUCGAUCAUCACAAAACGUCAAUGCUACAUCACCGAAGCUGGAGAACAAACUUGCAUCGAUAAUCCGACUUGUACUGAAAAUGAAGAUGGGACGGUUUAUUGCGUGGCGAAACGUUCAGAUGCUGAUACUGCUUUGACGAAACGACAAUGUUAUAUCACAGAAGAUGGAAAACAGCACUGUAUCAACGAGCCGACUUGUACGAAGAGGGAGGAUGGGAGUGUGGUUUGUGUGAAGAAGAGGGAUGCGGAGGAGUUGCAGAAGAGGCAGUGUUAUGUUGAUGAGGAGGGGGAGCAGCAUUGUAUUGACAAGCCGACUUGUUAUAAGCAGGAGGAUGGGAGUGUGGUUUGUGUUGCGAAGUAGAAAAGAUGUUGGAGGAGAGACGAAACAUGGUGGAGGGCUGGAAUUAAUGUGGACGAUGAGAGGAGGCCAUGGAAAUGGCCCGCACGACGACUUUCGCGAACUUACGAUGGGAUGACAAUGAUUUGGACGAUAGACGUAUAAUGUCGACGACAGGACCAGGAUAGAAUGAUGAAAAGC